UUGGGUGUUUCAAUGAAGAAGCUUGGGAAGAUCAAAGUGAAUGUAAAGAAGAAAGUGUCAAUUGAACAACAAGGGUUGUCACAUUGUUAUGAGAGUUUACUUGUAGAUGAUGAUCAUGAUCAUGAUGAAGAACAUGGGGCGACGUCGGCCAAUUCGAGAGCUCCAACUGGUUUUCUAGCGAUGUAUGUUGGGGAGGAAAGGAGGCGGUUUGUGGUUCCAAUGAGUUAUCUUUCUCAUCCUUUGUUUAAGAUUUUGUUAGAGAAAGCUCAUGAUGAAUUUGGUUUUCAGCAAAGGCAAGGGUUAGUUAUGCCUUGUAGUGUAAAUGAAUUCAAGGAAGUGGUGAAUGCGGUUGAGACAUGCCAUGGAAGGUUUGAUUUUGGCAAGUUGUUUAAAGAAUUCAUUUGAUUAACAAAAUGGAUUGGUAC